UCCCUAUAUAUGGCCUUCUCCCUCUCUCUCUUUGAGAAAGGCUCAUUUUUUUUCUCUCCCUUCUCCUUUGCUCAUUAAUUAACUGAUCAACUUGUUCUCUUCCAAUUCUCUGUUUUAGGUCUCGGAGUUUUCGUUUUUCUUCGUCUUUUGUUCGUUUUCUUGUCUGGGUAAUUCUUGUUUUUUGUUGAGGUUUUAAUAGGUAGCCAUGAAUGCUCUAGCUGCAACUAACCGCAAUUUCCGCCUGGCGUCUCGUUUACUCGGGUUGGACUCUAAGCUUGAAAAGAGUCUUCUGAUCCCUUUUAGAGAGAUCAAGGUCGAGUGCACGAUUCCGAAGGACGAUGGAACCUUGGUGUCAUACGUUGGAUUUAGAAUACAGCAUGAUAAUGCCCGUGGUCCCAUGAAAGGAGGAAUCCGAUAUCAUCCUGAGGUUGACCCUGAUGAAGUAAAUGCCCUGGCUCAACUAAUGACCUGGAAGACUGCUGUAGCAGACAUUCCAUAUGGUGGUGCAAAGGGUGGCAUCGGAUGCUCCCCGAGGGAUUUAAGUAAGAGUGAACUGGAACGUUUAACUCGUGUCUUCACUCAAAAGAUCCAUGAUCUCAUUGGUAUACAUACUGAUGUUCCUGCCCCUGACAUGGGAACCAAUUCACAGACCAUGGCAUGGAUUUUGGAUGAAUACUCCAAGUUUCAUGGGCACUCACCAGCUGUUGUUACAGGGAAGCCAAUAGAUCUAGGUGGAUCACUAGGCAGGGAGGCUGCAACUGGGCGUGGUGUUGUAUAUGCAACUGAAGCUUUACUUGCUGAAUAUGGGAAGUCGAUUGAGGGUUUGACCUUUGUUAUCCAGGGUUUUGGUAAUGUGGGGUCUUGGGCAGCAAAGCUCAUACAUGAGAGGGGUGGUAAGGUUAUUGCGGUGAGUGACAUCACUGGUGCUGUUAAGAAUCCAAAUGGAAUUGAUAUACCAGAACUGCUGAAGCAUAAAGAAGUUACUCGCAGUUUGAAAAGCUUCAGUGGUGGAGACUCCAUGGAUCCUAAUGAACUGCUUGUACAUGAAUGUGAUGUUCUUGUCCCAUGUGCUUUAGGUGGAGUACUGAACAGGGAAAAUGCUGCAGAUGUGAAGGCGAAGUUCAUAAUAGAGGCAGCCAACCAUCCCACGGAUCCAGAAGCAGAUGAGAUUCUGUCGAAGAAAGGAAUAAUAAUACUACCUGACAUAUAUGCAAAUGCUGGAGGGGUGACUGUCAGCUACUUUGAGUGGGUUCAGAACAUUCAAGGUUUCAUGUGGGAUGAAGAGAAAGUGAACAAGGAACUGAAGAGGUACAUGACUCAAGCUUUUCAUAACAUCAAGAACAUGUGCAAGACCCACAAUUGCAAUCUCCGGAUGGGUGCCUUUACCCUUGGGGUAAACCGUGUUGCUCGUGCAACUCUCCUAAGAGGAUGGGAAGCAUAAAUGGCUCCCUUUCUUUCCUUAUUUUUCUUUAUAGUCUCCAUUGAAAGCUCAAGCAAUAGCUUUGAAGCAUUCUUAUCUUGCCCCCCACCAUAGUUAUAACUUUUGAUUGUUCUCACAUUUAUCCUUCAUAAGCAUUUAGACAAACAUCAAAUAUAUUCAUCGGGGGUAUUUGUUAAAUUUCAAGUUUUACCAGCUUAUAUAUGGAAUAAUGAAUUUAUUGUGUUCAAUAUUCUUUGAGCUUUGA